AUGAUCAGGAGAUGCGUGGCAGAAGACGAAAAACCAAAGAUUUUAUACCACUGUCACUCAGCUCCAACUGGGGGGCACUUCGGAGGUACACGUACAGCGGCCAAAGUAUUGCAAGCCGGAUUCAUUUGGGAAACACUAUUCAAGGAUGCAUAUGCUUACGUGAAGAGCUGUAAUCGAUGUCAAAGGGUUGAAAAUGUCACCAACAUAAAUGAGAUGCCUCGAACAAACAUCAUUGAGGUAGAGUUGUUCAAUGUAUGGGGUAUUGAUUUUUUUGGUCCUUUUCCUCCAUCUUGCGAUCUCAAGUACAUACUAGUAGAAGUAGAAAAUGUGUCUAAGUGGGUCGAGGCUGAGGCAUAUUCGACAAAUGAUGCUAAAGUUGUGAUGACGUUUCUGCAGAAGCAUGUGUUCACAAGGUUGCAACAGCUUACCAUCCGCAAACAAAUGGGCAAGCUGAACUGGCAAAUAAGGAGAUCAAAGUUUAAAAUAUCUUCGAAUUUACAUGAUGCAAUUAGUAAAGGAAUGAAAACAAAUAAUCCUCAACCUCAUGGUCCGAAACCUUUGGCUAACCUAAAAGCAACUGGGAAUGCUGCGAAAGAUAUUUUUGUUAAGAUGAUGAAGCGAUGGUUUGACCAAUUUACCGAAACUACUCGUGUGCCUCCACAUCAACCUCAGUCUCAAUCAAAAGCUACUCCACAAAGAAUGAAUAUUCCAACUGUACCAGCUAUGAACUAG